CGGGUUCUAUUUAGCAUUUGGGGUCCAGAAUCUUCAGAAUCUCUGGGCAGAAAGAAAGCUCUGCAGAAAAUGAGCAGCAGCAGCAGCAGCAGAGGACCUGGCCUCUUCUCCGACUUCGGCAAGUAAGCAAAAGAGGUUUUGACUGAGGACUACAGUGAUGAACAGACGGUGGUUAUUUCUAGUCAGAGUGAUACAGGACUGGUAUCCGGCGAAAGAAAUACUUUUUACUGAGUUUUCAAUCUUCUUUGCCCUUGGUUCAACUUUAGUGAAGAAGGGUGGUCUCUCCUCUGGUGAUGUGGCUGCACAAUACAAAUUCAAAAAUGCUACAGUUGAUAUCAAGUUUGACACAGAAUCAAAUAUAUCAACAACUCUUGCAGUGGCAGAUAUCUUGCCAUCGUCCAAGACUAUUGCUUCAUGGAAAUUACCAGAUUACGAUUCUGGCAAGAUUGAAAUUCAGUAUUUCCAUGAACAUUCAAGUUUAACUGCCGCUGUUGGUCUGAAUAAGUCUCCUGCUCUUGAUGUUUCAGCUACUAUAGGUACCCCUUGUGUUGCCUUUGGUACAGAAGCAAGUUAUAUGGUCUCUUCUGGUAGUUUCAGGAAGUACAAUGCUGGAUUCAGCUUAAAGACACCCAAUGUUUGUGCGUCUGCUAUUCUGUUCGACAAAGGAGAUGCAGUAAGGGUAUCGUACUUGCACCAUUUGGAUCAGCUGAAGAGAGGGCUCGCUGUGGGUGAGAUUACAAGAAAGUUCUCGACAAAUGAGAACACAUUAACUGUCGGAUGCUCUUACGUGAUUGAUCCACACACAACAGUCAAGGCAAAGCUUAACAACCAUGGCUGUCUUGGUGCGCUCGUUCAGCAUGAGUUGAAACCCAACUCCAUCCUAACCGUUUCUGGUAGUUUCAACACCUUGGCCAUGGAAAAGACACCGAGGUUUGGCCUGGCACUUACCCUCAAGCCCUAAACAGUUGUUUGUUGGUCUGAUAUCACAGGGAAACCAUACCGUGGUUAUAGCUGUUGAUUAUUUCCUUCAAUUUCGAAAUUCAUUAUAUCUGUAGUUUUAGCAAUUCAACAAAAGGAUAACAGGUUUUUGGUUCAUAUGAACUUGCCUUGCCCUUUAGAUUUUUCUAUUCAUACUGCAAAUGAUUCACCCAAGCGCAUGACUUCCAGAAAUCUGAGCAGAUUAGCAGUUGAUUUGAACUUUAUUUUAUAUCAUAGGGGGUAUUCGAUACUUUAAUUUUCAUAGAGGGUUUUUUAAACAUUCUAUUAUC